AUGGGUGUGUUUGAGCGCGGUGUCCAGAUGCUGCUGACCACGGUGGGUGCCUUCGCCGCCUUCAGCCUGAUGACCAUUGCUGUGGGGACGGACUACUGGCUCUACUCGCGUGGGGUCUGCAAAAUAAAGACUACUAACGAGAACGAGACCAGCAAGAAGAACGAGGAGGUGAUGACCCAUUCUGGCCUGUGGAGGACCUGCUGUCUGGAAGGUGCGGUUCGGGCCUCCAGUAUUUUCCCCAUCCUCAGUGUCAUCCUGCUGUUCGUGGGUGGCCUCUGUGUCGCCGCCAGCGAGUUCGACAAGUCUCGACACAACAUCAUCCUCAGCGCAGGAAUCUUCUUCGUAUCCGCAGGUCUGAGUAACAUCAUCGGGAUAAUCGUGUACAUAUCAGCCAACGCGGGUGACCCGUCCAAGAGCGACUCGAAGAAGAACAGCUACUCGUACGGCUGGAGCUUUUACUUCAGCGCGCUGUCCUUCAUCAUGGCGGAGAUGGUGGGCGUUCUGGCCGUUCACAUGUUCAUCGACCGGCACCGGGAGCUACGCGUGGCUCGCGCUCAGACCGGCGGAGGAGGAGACUAUCUGCAGGGAUCCGCCAUCAGCAGAAUCCCAAGCUACCGCUACCGUUACCGGCGCAGCUCGCGCUCCUCCAGCCGCUCCACCGAGCCCUCGCACUCACGCGACGCUUCACCCGUGGGACUCAAGGCGUUCGGAGCGCUGCCCUCCACCGAUAUCUCCAUGUACGCGCUGAAGACUCCACACGGCACGCCACCGAUGUACGACUCCGAGAGAGAGCCGGACUUCCUACAGGUGCACAACUGCAUCCAGAAAGACUCCAAAGACGCCAAUCGUCGCACCACACCUGUAUGAGACUACAGGUGCGGUGUCUGUGCUGCCUCCUACAGGUGAGGAGGAGAAUCACUCCACCCACAGACCCACUGACUGAUUUCUAACACUAAUGAUGAUGAGUUUACACGUUGAAGUCCAAAAUGGAAAAGUGAAAUGCAUGUUUUUCGUAUCUUCCAUAAACGAACAAGUUUUCAACCACGUGAUGAAUCAGAGCUGAUGACGACGGCUUUUGGACUGAAAGCUCUUUUCGUUGGUGUUCAUUUCAUUUUGUUGCACAUAAAUACUGUGAACCUUUGUGGCCCCUGUGAGCCCAGGGAAAACAAUCCCACAAACUGGCCGCGAUUUAUAUGUCAUUAUAAACGUAUUAAUGAUACAUGACUAUAUAUAUAUAUAUAUAUAUAUAUAUAUAUAUAUAUAUGAAAAGAUACAUACAUAAAUAUAUGAACAUCUGUUAAUAGACCACACAUAGACUUCUUGAUUCAAGAAGACGCAAAAAA